GAGAUGAAGUGUUUUUAGAGACAAUCUUGAGGUUUUUUCCUACCAGGUUGUGUAUCAUGACUCCUGCUGGACACAGUGCUCUGGUACCUUAUGUUCUAAUGCAUAUUUAAGUGUUAUAAACUGGUAUAUCAUUAAAAUUAGUUAUGCAUCCCUGCACUGCUAUGCAAAACUGAAACUAAAUGGAAUUUAUAACAACCUCUGUCUCAUAUUUUCCAGUUUAUGUGCAGUUUUAUAACACUAAUAUUAAUGGGCGGGACUUUAGAUUGAGGCUGCACCGUGUUAAAGUGAUCACACAUGUUUUUUUUUUUUUUCCUAUAAAUGUUUUGUUUUGCGUUGAUCCUCAUGGUCUGUGGACGCAUAUCCCCCGUGCUGUCCGGGGAUGGAGCGGCAGCAUCCUCUACCUGCUCUCCUCCAGCAUGGACCAGUGUUUGGGCCUGACGUCAGCCGUCGCCGCCCUGCCCGCCCGCAGUAUCGCCGUCUGCGCCUGAUGAUGGAGACGGCAGAAGCGGCCUGGUCAUGAAAGCCCUCCCGGAGGCGGAAAUAAGCGGCGCGGAGGCUGUGACAAGCGCCGGGAGGAGAGGGAACUUUUAACCGGGGGACGGGGGGAGGGUCUCCGGCCCCCGACCAGCGAUGACUCUCAGCGGGCAGACGGGGGGAGCGGCGGAGUUCGUAAAUUAGGAAAACAACCACCGGGGAAAUGCCUCGUUUUUUUUCCCAGCAGCCCCCAAAAUGAACACUCGAAGGAGCGAUAAGAGGGUGCGGUUUGUUUAAUAAAUGAUGAGGAAUUGUGCUGAUUGUUAACGGGCUGAUUUGACUGAUUCCUGCGCCCGAACAAUGACUCCGCGGAGGGGUCGUCGCCUCACCGACACCUAGACGGGAUGAUGGCUGCGGUAUGGUGCGGGACGAGCGCGUGCGUUCGUGACGGAAACCCUCCGCGCGCCCUUUCAUGGAGAUUGAUAACAUUAUACAUCGCAGGAAUACGAGUGACUGUUUCUGAAGCGAAUCUAUAAAUGAUGAAACACAUAUUUAUGUAAAGAUGUGAGGAACAGGGGAGGCCCUUUUUGGAAUUGAGAUUUAAAUAAUAAUAAAAGGGGGCAUCAUGUCGAAAGUUGUCAGUAACAAGGAGAAGAAAUCGUUCAGCAAGAAGCUGUUCCGGAGGAGCUCGGUGCGCUCCGUGGGGAGCUUCAUGAACAGAGUCCUCCGGACCCUGUCCACUCUGUCUCACAUCGGCAGCGAGGAGCAGACCACCGAGGACGAGAAGGACGACGCAGCGCUGAUCCAGAGCACCACGGGGGGCUCGGUCCCGUCCGAUGACAGCGACUGCGGGGGCUUCCCCUUCGGGGACAAAGUGCCGGGAGUGGCGGGACUGAAGAACCACGGGAACACCUGCUUCAUGAACGCUAUCUUACAGUGCCUGAGCAACACGGAGCUGUUCGCAGAGUACCUGGCUCUGGAGCAGUUCAAGGGGGGAGAGGCGAGCAGCGGCGGGGAGAAGCCCAAAUCCAACGGGGUUCUGGUGCAGAAGAAGGGGAGCAGCCUGCAGCAGGAGACGGGGGAGGUGACCGAGCAGCUGUCCGGGCUGGUUCGGGCUCUGUGGACCUUUGAGUACACGCCUCAGCACAGCAGGGACUUCAAGAACGUGGUGUCCAAGAGCGCCCUUCAGUUUAGGGGAAAUUCCCAACACGAUGCCCAGGAGUUCCUCCUCUGGUUACUCGACAGAGUCCAUGAAGACCUCAACCAAAUCGUCCAUCCUGACAGCAGACCGCCCAGAAAGCCUCCAGUAGAAGAAGAAGCUGUCCCUGAAGGAUCUCCACUCCCAGCACCUGGAUCUUUUGUACAGGAGCUGUUUCAGGCACAAUACAGGUCCUCGCUGACCUGCCCUCACUGCCAGAAACAGAGCAACACCUUUGAUCCUUUCCUCUGCAUCUCACUGCCAAUCCCAGUACCUCACACACGGCCUCUGUAUGUGACAGUGGUGUACCAGGGGAAGUGCUCUCACUGCAUGAGAGUGGGCGUGGCCGUGCCUCUCUCUGGCACCGUUUCCAGGUUAAGACAAGCUGUGGCCCAAGAGACCAAAAUCCCUGCCCAACAGAUUGUUCUGACUGAAAUGUACUCUGACGGCUUCCAUCGCUCCUUCUGUGACGACGACGAAGACCUCGAGAUCAUUCAGGAGGGCGACUCCAUCUUUGCGUUUGAAACCCCCGAGCUCUUCAGACCCGAACAGAUCCGUUCCAAGCGAAGCGGGAGCCCACACGUCAAUCUCAAUCAGAACAACUUGAAGUACGGCACGGACAUCACCAGGAUGUCCACACAGAUACAAGAGCCCACCACGCCGCCGCCGAGCCCAAACAAGAACAGCGGGCAGGCUGAGAAGAUCGUGCUGCUGGUGUGCAACAGAGCCUGCGCGGGACAGCAGGGCCGCAGAUUUGGGAACCCGUUUAUUCUCUAUUUGGAGCGGACGGUGGCAUGGGAUACACUCCAGAAAGAGAUCCUUGAGAAAAUGAAGCAUCUUUUACGGCCUGGAGCUUUUGUGCAGGUGGGGCCCUUCACUCUGCGUGUGGUGGGAGUGGUUGGGAUCACAUAUCUGCUCCCUCAGGAGGAGCAGCCGCUCUGCCAUCCCUCUGUGGAGAGGGCGUAUAAGUCCUGUGGCACCGGCGGUCCUCCUCAUGUGAAAAUUGUAGUUGAAUGGGACAAGGAGACGAAAGACUAUCUGUUCAAAAGAACCGAGGAUGAGUACAUCCCUGACGCCGAGAGCGUUCGGCAAGUGAAGGAGCAGCAUCUGCAGCCUCAGAGUUGUUCCCUUGCCCAAUGCUUUCAACUCUACACCAAAGAGGAGCAGCUGGCCCCCGACGAUGCGUGGCGAUGCCCGCACUGUAAGCAGCUUCAGCAGGGCAGCAUCAAACUCAGCCUCUGGACUCUGCCGGACAUUCUUAUUCUGCACCUGAAACGCUUCAGACAGGAUGGAGAUCGGCGCAUGAAGAUGCAGAACACGGUGAAGUUCCCGCUCACGGGGAUGGACAUGGCGCCUCAUAUAGUGAAGCGAAGCCAGAGCAGCUGGAGCCUUCCCUCUCACUGGUCGCCAUGGAGACGGCCCUACGGGAUGGGCCGCGAUCCGGAGGACUAUCUUUACGACCUGUAUGCAGUGUGUAACCAUCAUGGGACCAUGCAAGGGGGCCAUUACACAGCUUUCUGCAAGAACUCCAUCGACGGACAGUGGUACUGCUUUGAUGACAGCGAUGUUCAUUCCUUAUCGGAAGACGAGGUCUGCAAGCAGACUGCUUACAUCCUGUUUUAUCAGAGACGAGCAACAAUCCCAUCCUGGUCUGCCAACAGCUCUGUAGGAGGCUCCACCAGCUCUUCGUUAUGUGAACACUGGAUAAGUCGUCUGAUGGGAAGCCGUCCACCCAGCCAGGCGUCGUCUGGUUCUUCUAGACGCACCUCGCUGGCCUCCCUCUCAGAGUCUGCUGAGUUUGCUGGUGAACGAAGUGAAGAUGACGGCCUAUCGACCCGACCAGCGGUAAGAGGCAUACAGAGACCAACGUUCUCGUCGAGAUCUUCAAUCGCCAGUCCGCUGGCGCUGAGUGAAAAUGGCACAAAACCAUCCUGGUCCCACUCUGCUAAGCUUCAGCUUCGCUCCAACUCUCCCUCACGCUUCUCAGUGGAGUCCCACUCCUCGUCUCCGACGCUGGAGAGAAUCGGAGAGGUCGCCGAUACUCAGCUGUCCCCGACGUAUUUCGCAAACUCGUCUAAACUAGACAAGCUGUCAGAGGGCAAAUCCGCGCUGGACAGUAAUGCAGGGAGAAAGAGGCUCAUAGAGCAGGUGCACGUCAAGGCCAUGACGCAGGCGGAGCAGAGGAAUGCCAUCUCGUCAGGUGAAAACAACAACGUAGUCGCAGCUACUGAACAGCACAGAGUCUCUCCAAAAGAGUCCAGACAAAGAAACGGGAGCGCAGAUGGUUCUGGUGUUAAAAGGACCUCAGCCAAGGUCGGGUCAGAGAGUGACAGGAGCCCUAAAAAGCGGACUGCCCCCUCCUCUACAUCUUCCAGUUCACUCUCUCCCGCCUCCCCAGCCAUUGAUAAAUCUCGAACACAGUCCAAGGCUGCAGCGGCUGCCUCCAAUUCCAAAAGUGAUGGACCACUAAAGACGAGCAAGGGUGGUUCCUCAAGAGCAGCGACCCCCUCCCGGAAAGGGUCCCCCCAAACUGAAGGCUCACAUCCCGAUUCGCAGCAGAGGAAGAGCAGUUCCACUGCACCUCAGAGCUCGCAGAGGAGGCCGUCGCCUCGGGAGGGAGGCGAGAAAAGCUCUUCAGGAAGGACUAGAGCGGCAGAAAGGAGCGCGAGCCGGGAAAACUCGCGGGUGAACGCGGCGUCUGAGAGGAAAGUUAGCCACGGAGGUCCUCCUGCCCGGGGGAGUUCAACCGCAAGAGCAGAGGGACGUCUGGGCAGGGGCGUGGAGGAUAAGACCUCCAGCAGCAGCUCUUCGAUGGCGAGCCUCCGAUCUCCAAAUGUAGGCCUCUCAACUCCAAGUGCAGCUCCUCAGUCGAAGUCGCCGCGGGGGAACAGCAGGACAGAGGACAAAGGCUUGCACUUCUUUAAAACCGCUCUGAGGCCGAAGGACACCCGUAAAGCAGGUGAGAGUGGGAAAGCCGGGGUGGGAGAGACUAAAAGCAUCCCAGAGGAUUGUGGCGGGGACGGAUCAAGAGAAGGGAGCAAAAAAGCCCAGAACGUGGUUUCGGAAUCUCAGAAUAAUGUAACUACAACCAAAGAAAAAGAGCCUACGAAAGCAUCCGCUGCAGCUAAACACUCACUGCUGUCCUCCACUAAAGCCAAGCUCCCCGGGACUCAACCCUCCGGGGUUUCGAAGGACCCUUCCAAGAAGGAGCCUGCUAAAAAACCCCCGUCCAGGAAGAUUCCCAUCAGUUCUACACAAACUAGCCAGAAAUCCAAGUGAUAUUACCUUCAAAAAAACAAUCUUUCUAGUGCAGCUUUGAGGUGUUUUUUAUGUAUUCUUAACAUCAUGAAGUGUCUGAUUAACACCUUUAUAACACCUGUAGCUGAAUCCAGCUGCCAUAUUUGGACGCUCACGUUGUUAAAUAGCUAUUUAGGAAUGGAUUUUAACAAAGCACUUUGUAUGGAUAGCAUUGAUUUCAAAGAAUAUUAUACCGUACACUGUAAAUAAGCAUGGUCUUGUAUCGACAUUAUUCUGUCUGUAGCGACGUUGGGGAAAGGACCGAAUAUAAAAGAGGAUUUGCACAAGAUGGAAAGUAGAUGUCGGGGAGGAGAGAAACUUUUGAAAUCCAUCAAAUGCGGACAGCUUAGUCACCAAAGGACAUUUAUGAAUUAUUUUGGAAAAAUCCACUAUAGUGACUGCUCUUCUUCAGUUCAAAGAGCCAUACAUCAACAACAAACAGCAGUGCCUCAGAUAAUCAUAAGAAAUAUUUAAUCUAAAUUGUAUAACUCCAGGUGUCAGUAAAUUUGUAAUUGAAUUUUAAUAUUUAUUAAGCACUUAAAAGCUGAAUUUUCAAGUAAAAACACACGUAAAGCCUAUUUAACCCAAAGUAUUGUUUACAUAUGCUCUUUGGUAUAGUAACUGCAACAGCCUUUAAGAUUAUUUAUUUUUUCUGAGUCAAAAAGAUAGAAAAUGUGACGAUUUUAAAGCAGCUCUCGAUGUUUUACUUACCUAUAUUAGCCUCCAACUUCUUCACAUCGACAUGUUCCUCCCAUCUGCUGAUGCCACCGCCCCCGUGCCCGUCACGGGGACAUCGACCUCUCCAGACUGCCGCAGGUCUCCAGACAUUCCUUCCAGAUGAACACAGGGUUAACGCAUACAAACAAACCACCUCAUGCCUGACAUGACGAUGUUCGCGUUCAGAGGGAGCGGGGAGGCCUCCGCCUGAACGCCACUUCCUGUGACAUACAGCUGCCGUGGUGCGUUCGAGUAUCCCACGUGGCACCACAGCUUGUGCACAUGUUUAACUGGAGAGUGUGUUCACACCGACUGGAAUAUACGACGGUUGUUGCAUGAGAAGUUGCUUAAAUGCAUGCACUUAACUAUGCAAGCAGAUUCUUGCGAAUGCCCACUCGGAGUAUGUAGACGUGCUGCUCUUGGAUGUGUAUUUAUUUGUAAAUGUAUAUUUUUUUUUCUCCAAAAGCUUGCAUCAGAGAGCAUGCAAAGACAUCCUUGAUUAAAGCUUUAUUUGCACAUUUCUCCUAAGUAAUAUCCAUUUUGUAUGAAUGACAGGUAAUGCUCAUUCACUCUCAAAGUAAAUCGGUACAAACAAGUUUCCUAAUUUUUCCUUGAUUUGAUUUGUUUAUUUUUACAGCUUCUAGACUGAACAUUUGUGUGUUUCAAACUAAAAGUUUAAAUUUUUGAAUUUCUAGUUGUAUCAUGUUUCAUGAAUUGGAUCUGCUUUGAGAGAUGGAAAAAUAAAAUCAAUAUAUUGUCAAGACAGAAGAUUUGUUUGUUUCAAAAAAAAAAAGAAAAGCCAUCUUCAGUCUUUUCCAAUAUAUUUUUGUAAUAAAUGGAGAAAAAAAUAAUAAUUUAUUAGCUAAAUGGGAAACCACGCGAUAAAGGAAGUAAUUAUUAGUGCUGGGUUGAUAAUAUCUAUUAAUUUAUUUGAAUCGAUUUAUGUAAAGCACGUAAUGCUAAAGUCCGUUAGCUUGAUGCUAACAUUUAAUGGGAUUUCCCAUAGGACGGCUAAUGCUAACGCUCGCUCGCCCUAAACAUACAUUGCUAACUAAAUGAGCAGUUUUAUAUACUCACAAGCAUGAAUUUCAAUCUUUUAAGAUUUUUUUUUUUUACGUAACCAUUUCUGGUCUAAAACACUGUUUUUAAAACUUUUUUGCUUAGUCUUUGCUGUUGAAAAACGUGUAGUGCUACAGCGCUAUCGCCAUCUAGUGGCCAAACUGAAACGCCCUCCAGGAGAAGGAAAAUAAUGUUUACAAUGACCUGAACAUUUUUGUUAAAGCUUCACCUUUUGAGAAGCCAUGUAACACUGUAUGCUAUUAACAAUCUCAUUAUUUCACUAACACAUUUUACAGCUUGUGAAUUGUAUCAGAUUAUUAUAAAUAUAUUUUAUUAUAUUUUAAAUGCAAAUCAUAAUCAAAUCAAGUCGUCUCUGGAAAUUAUUAUCAAUACCCAGCCCUAAUAAUUAUUUAUAAUAUUUAUAAUUAUAAAUCAAAAACGGAGCUGAAGAGUAGACGCUUUGCUCAAGAAGGAAUUACCGAACAGCAAAUUGCUAUUUUGGCAUCCACAGUGAAGCGCAUAUAGUAAUAGCAGUAAAAACUGUAAUAACAUCAUUUUUAGUGCCUGGUGGCUCCAGUGUUGAUGCUGUUGGUUUAUUCUUAACACAUGAAGCUCACAUCACAAACAGACUCCUCCGGUGCUCACGAUACAAUAACAAAUGACAUAUUUAUACAAAAGGCAUGAGAUUGUUGGGUUUUUAUUCAUCCAUUUUUCCAUAUGUGUCUGGGAUAUUUUGAUAUGUAGUGUUUCAUUUUUAUUUUUUCAAGGCCUGAGCAAAUGCAGUGCACCAUUAAAGCAACAUUUUGUUGACUUA